GUAGCAACUUAUUUGUAACUGCAGAAGGAGAUGAAGCGCCGAGGAAGAAAGCCCGUUUGAUGUGGCUGCCUGCCACAUAUGAAGAAUAAAACAAAUGUCUGCUAUUUUUAAGAUUUCUCCUUUAUAACUAAGCCAAAAUGGGCAAGAGGGACAAUCGAGUGGCCUACGUAAAUCCAAUCGCUGCUGCUCGAUCCAGGGGGCCGGUGCAGAACUCAGGACCGACCAUACAGGAUUAUUUAGGCAGACCUCGACCGACAUGGGAAGAGAUAAAGGAGCAGCUGGAGAAGAAGAAGAAAGGCUCCCGAGCUUUGGCUGACUUUGAGGACAAGAUGAACGAGAGAUGGAAGAAAGAGCUGGCAAAGAACCGAGAAAAGCUGUUAGGUGCAAGCGAGAAGGACAAAGACAAAAAGGCUGGCGAGCGAGAAAAGGAGGAGAAGAAAGAUAAGAAGGAGAAAAGGGAGAAGAAGAAAUCCAGUAGGCAUUCUUCAUCUUCUUCUUCCUCCUCAUCGAGUUCUGAUUCCUCCAGCAGCUCCUCCUCAGAAUCGGAAGAUGAGCUCGAUAAGAAGAUUGUGAAGAAAAAGCGGAAAAGAAAGAAGUCGUCAGCCAGGAGAGCAUCGGAUGACUCUGAUGCAGACUCGGAUGCUGACAGAAAGAAGAAAAAGAAAAGAAUCAAGGAAGAAGGCAAUAAGGAUGACAAAAGCCGUCGAAGGAGAAUUAAAAGUGAGCCAAAGUCAUCCGCUGAGUCAGAUGGAGAUGAAAUGGCGGACACCAAGAAGAAAAAGAGAAGCAGUGAAGAAAAAGAGAAAAUCAGCGACAAAUUGAAGAAAAAGCGGAAAAAGAAGCACAAGAAGCACAACAGGAAAAAGAAAAGGAAGGCGGCAUCUCAGUCAGACUCCGAGCUGGACUAGCUGUUCACUACACCUGGUAUUGUUAUUUUUUUUCCUCCCCCCGGCCCACCAGAUUCAUCCAACUCAGAUUUGGACAAUUGCAGUGCUGUGCUGAGCUUGCGAAGCCUUGUAGAAUCUGGCGCGUCUUCUCUUUGGGGGUGCUCGCGGAGUUGCCACCGCCCAAGUUUUUGGUGUGACUGAACUUUUCAGGAGUUAUCUGCCUCCUUUGCAUGUCGAGCUGAACGCUUGGUGUCACGCCAGCCUCAUAUUGAAGUUGGAUCUGUACGAUAAAACGCGUCUCUGUUCAGUGCGGCACAUCGGUGCACUUGUACGAACCGGGAGUCCAUGAAUAAAGUCAUUGCGGUUACUUGCGGAAGACAUUUUGAAGCUUUGUCCUUAGUAGUGCGACUACCUCCAUUCCUAUUUUG